ACAUCUCCUUUCUCAGCAAGUUAAGUUGGUAUAAGACUGCUACAAUGGCAAUCUUCCAAAUCCCCUUUCCUCUCCUCUUCAAAUUUCCAUGGAAAACAACAUCGCCACCAAAAAGGCAAAUCUGCCUUCAAAUUACGUGACUCUGGCUCAGCUCCAAGAACGGUGGAUAAAAGAACAGCAGAGGAAACAAAAGGAGAAAGAACAGCAAGAGGAACACGACCACAAGAAGCUUCACAACGAAGUAGCUGAGCCAGGGAACCUGUCACCUUCAGUGUCUGUGUCACCUCCAUCAAUUCGAAGCAAUUCCUACCGGGAAUCUCACCGCUGGCGUUUAGUUGGCACAAAUGUCGAGGAAUCGAAGGCUGUGUCGGUUGCUGUUCUUGAAGAAAAUGUGAAUGAGAAGAGAGAAGAAAUGAAAACGAAGAAGAGGAGCAAGGGGAAUGAAAGGGAGAAGAAGAAGAAAGGAGAAGCCAGGGCACAAGAGGAGGGGGAGGUGACGGGGAAUUUAAUUGGCACAAAUGUCGAGGAAUCGAAGGCUGUGUCGGUUGCUGUUCUUGAAGAAAAUGUGAAUGAGAAGAGAGAAGAAAUGAAAACGAAGAAGAGCUGGAAGAUGAAGGGGAAGAAAAAAGGAGAGGCCAGGGCACAAGAGGAGGAGGGGGAGGUGACGGGGAAUUUAAUUGGCACAAAUGUCGAGGAAUCGAAGGCUGUGUCGGUUGCUGUUCUUGAAGAAAAUGUGAAUGAGAAGAGAGAAGAAAUGAAAACGAAGAAGAGCUGGAAGAUGAAGGGGAAGAAAAAAGGAGAGGCCAGGGCACAAGAGGAGGAGGGGGAGGUGACGGGGAAUUUAAUUAGCAAAAAUGUCGAGGAAUUGAAGGCUUUGGCGGUUGCUGUUCUUGAAAAAAAUGUGAACGAGAAGAGAGAAGAAAUGAAAACGAAGAAGAGCUGGAAGUGGAAGGGGAAGGGGAAGGGGAAGGGGAUGAAAGGAGAAGUUAGGGCAAAAGAGGAGGAGGGAGGGUUGACGGGGAGUGGGGCGCAAGCGCUACUAGUGAAAAGUGAGAAGAAUAAUGGUGAAUGUGAGCGAAAGAGGGAAAUGCGGGUGGAGUACAGGGAAAAGGCUGAAAAAGCGGCCGAGGAGAAUAAUCAGACGGUGGAGAUUGAGAAAGAAAUCGGGAAUCUUUCAGUUGAGAGAAAGAGUGAAAAAUCAAAGACGCCAAAUAAGGUUAUUAAUGGUAGAAUUAGUAAUAGAGAGUCUAAAGACUACAAUGGCUAUGCUAAUAGAGGUCAUUGGAAUUACAGAGGUUAUAAUGAUGGUGGUUAUCGUGGUAAUGGGCAGUAUAGGGGAGGUGAUGGUAGGUUUAAUGGAGAAAAUGUGCGGUAUGCAGGAGGGCAUGGCAGUGGAUAUGGACAGUGGAAGGAGAGACAUAAUGCAAAGGUUUGGAUGAAGAAAGAAGAGGUUGGUGAUGGUGGUGAUAUGGGUAGGAAUCAAAGCUCGAGUGUUUCUUCGAAGGAAUUGGAGUAAUUGGAGCGAGAUCGUGAAUGUUUGAGAGCUGGCUAUCGUUAAGCUAGUUGAUUGCUGGGUUUGGGAAUUGGGCUUAUACGGGGCAGUGGAAACAUUCAAGCUGUGAUGCUGUAGCCUGUAGUGAAGGAAUGGCAUAUCGGAUACUUUAUUAUAAAAGUCGAAUUGUGUGAAAAUUAUAUGGAACGAUUAGGGGUAGCUUGAUAAAAGCAUUAAGGGAUAUGAUCUUUUGAAGAUUAUAUGGAACAAUGAAUGGCAUAUAGAUAAGUUUACUUUCUCUUAGGAAUGAUUAUAUAUGUGACUUGUUUAAGAUUCUAAGUGCUUUUCUGAGUUCCUCGUCGCAGAAAAUGUUGUCUGUGACAAAGGGAUAAAUCAUAAACAUGUUUCACUUUAGUAUUAUUAACAUUUUCCAACAAUAGAAUUUGUGCUUUCUGA